UGUGAGCCAAACAGCAGGGAGGAGAAGCUUUGGGACUGUAAACUUUUAGAGCAGUCCAUUUCCCAAAGAGUGUGGGAGGGAGACAGACAGAAGUGGAUGGCCCAAGACCUGGAUUCACAGCUUUAAAAGUAGGAGCGGGAUUUUGAGUUUGGGGCAAUUCUUCCCCAGGCCUGGAGAGAGUGAGGUGGAAUAUAGCAGACUUUCUGUGGAAGUUUUUACUCAGUGGGGAGAAAGAAAAAGGAGCAUUAAAGGGUGAGCUGUAGUUCACGGGGUCCAGAUGGCAGGCAUGAGGGGCCCGACCUGCAUUGGAGUCUGGCUCUAGAGUCCACAGGGGCUCACACUUCAACUGGACACAUUCCACAGGACGUGUGCCCAUGAGGUCGUCAUCACUGGUCCUGCUCCUCCUGAUCGGCGUCCAGGCUGUACUGAACAUGGGAGGUGGAUUGGCCCGGAGUGCCGGGGCACCCAACCACAAAGUAGGACAGCAGACGGCAGCCAAUCACAGAGCAAGACAACAGCACACAGUAGCCAGGGACCAUCUUACUGAAGAGCACACUUCGAAGCAGCAUCAUAGGACCAGCCACCACAGGACCAAGAGGCCUCAUCGGGCAGCUUUAAAUGCAAAGGAUAGGAGCCCUCUUGUUGGGCACUCUACGUUGGAUUCCCUCCCUGACCCCUCCAACCCAGUGGUGGAUCCCAAGCUCUUCUCCAAGAGACGUUACCGUUUCUCACCUCGUGUCGUCUUCAGUGAGGUUCCACCAUCACAUGAUGCCCUAGAAGGUGAGGGCUAUGAAAUUGAUGGAGUUAGAGGGGUGAGGGUAAGGCGCCGAGCAGGAUCACGCACCAUGCACCGAGGAGAGUACUCGGUAUGUGACAGCAUGAAUACCUGGGUGAGCAACCUGACAAAAGCCACAGACAUGUACGGAAACGAAGUGGAAGUGCUGCCCAAUGUUACAAUCAACAAUGUGGUGAAGAAACAGUACUUCUAUGAGACCACCUGUCGAUCCCCUACUCAAAGGGGUUCUGGAAACGCAAAUGGUGGGAAGCCGGGGGGUUGGGGUGGAAAACAAGGUUCCAAAUCAGGCAACUCGGGCUGUCUCGGCAUCGACAGUCGCCACUGGAACUCCUACUGCACCAACUCACAUAUUUUUGUAAGUGCCCUCACCACCUUCAAUGAACAGACAGCCUGGCGUUACAUCCGCAUCAAUGCCGCCUGUGUGUGCGUCCUCAGCCGGAAGUCUUGGGGAGGAAGGCGGGGGCACUGACUGAGGCGGACGCCCGACCACCAGACUAUGAACCGAGCACAAACAUUUCUCAUUAACAGCCACUGCAGCUUUAUUGCCAAUACUGUAAUCCUUUCCCACACAUCCAGACAAACACCCCCACUGACCAAAGCAUCCAAACAACACACGUACUUAAUGCAAACACACACAUCCACACACUCGAACAUCUGUCCAGCCCCUCGGCCCCCCGACCCUACCUCAGUCAAAGAAGUCCUGGUUGUUUUAAAUUAUGAGGACUGCAUGUCAUAUUUAUGGUUUAUACAGUCAAAUAUAAAAUUAUAUACAGUAUGUGUAUAUAUACAAAAUGAAUUCAAGCUUUUAAUGUUGAUGUUAUUGUUGUUUUUGUGUUGUUCAUGCUGUUAUUUAUUAAACACCUCAGUACUUGCCCGGUUUGUUGUGUCUGUUUGAGAUCAUGCUGACCGUCACACAUCUGCAGGUCUGAUCAACUCUGGUUGUUUUAACGUCUUUUAGCUCUUUGCUUCACAACUUUAGUUUCAUUGUCAUCUUCUGUAAACCAUACAAAAUCCAACCAGCGUCAUAAACAGGUUCGAUAAACUUUAGCGUUUAGCUCAUGAUAAAUCCAAAAGCAGCAACCUUCGGGGAAACAAACAAGACACUAAACUUUAUUUGAUGUACUUGUGUUUUCUUUCUUUAUAAUCUUUGCUUAUAUUAAAUAUUGUAAGCAUAUUCACAUAUACCAGUUAAAGUGGGGAAGAGAAAUCUCAACGUGCAGUAACACGGGGUUUCUAACAGUCAUUGUCUUCUUUAAAUGAUUCCCACGUGCAAAAGCUAAAAGUCACAAGCCCAGACACUGAGUCACCUUAAAUAUUUUCCAAAUAUUGUUACCACAUAAUUAUUAUUAUUAUUCUAUUUUCUUUUUUGUUCUUUUUUUUUAAUUCCCAAAUUUCUGGUGACUCAUGUCUCUGCAUUAAGAUAUUCCAGGAGAGAGAACAGCACCCAAAAGCAGAGGAGGCAGUAGAAAGACUUGUAUGUGAACAUCGAUGCCUGAAGGAAUGUGAUUCAUUCCAUGCAGGCACGAGAGACGUGCUUUGCAUUUUAUACACACAGAUUUAUUAGCUGUGAUGUUCCCAGUGUUCCCAGCAGUAGUGGUGACUUCUCGCCAGCUUGGCAUACCGGUGUAAACACUACGGGAAGUCUCUGUGCAUUUGUACUUGGAAGGAAUGAAUAUUGCAUAGAGACAGGUUCACAACUAAAGAAAAAUAGCAAACUGUAUCUUAGCAAGGUACUAGGGCCACAAUGAGUCACUACAACAGCUUUAAUGUUUCUGAUCUUAGAAAGUUUGGACACUGGUGGGAAAAACAUGCACAUUUUUUCAUGAGAUAAGCUAAAUGCAAGCAUUUUUUUCACAUGUAAAUGCAACAUCUAAUACAUUAUUUUUCAAUACCUUGUUUGGCCUUAAUCAGAUUAUUAGGACUUGUGCUGCAAGUCAACUACUGCUUCUAUAGCAUGAUCAACUUCAAACGUUUUGAUACUCAGCAAGUGUGGCAGUGGAAAUGUGAAGCUUACAAAGCCAUGAAAGACUCUGUAAUCAUAUCAAGUCAAACAUGAACACCUCCGAGGUAAAAUAUCAAUCAUCUGAAAUGUCAGGAAAUGGCAAUCAAGGGGAACUGAGGGGAAAAAGAACUAAUAUGAAACAUGUCUGCUAGGCUGGAAGGUUGCACAAAAACCUCAUUGUGACUAUAAAGAAAGUAGCUUAAGGAAGUAGCCUUGACUUGUUUACAGCAAAGGUGUAACCCUCCAACCUCAUCAAAAAUUCAACUCGAAGUCUAUUGAUAAAACAAUUCAGCUUUGGAGGAAUGUUUGGUCAAAGAGAUGAGAUGCAUUUGAUGGUUAAACAUAGACUAGAAAUGUGCUUUUGAUUAUGUGACAUAGGUGCUGAUACAACAGAUCAAUAUUUCAAGCAGCCAAGAAUCCACUAUAGGUUGUCCUCACCGUUCUCUCCCACACAACAAUGACUGUCCGGCUGCAUUUUCAGUUUUCUAUGGGGCACAAUUAGUCUUGACUGAAGCUGUUGACUAAGGGAUACGAAGUAUUGAUUAUAUUUGAGCUAAAGGCCCCUUGUGAUGCAUGAACUCCAGUCACCAUUUUGCAUAUUCCUGUGUUGUUUCUUUUUUACUUAGGAAAAUAUAUUUAUCACAUUCCCUCUCUACAAGACAUGUAAUCAUAACAAUAAUUCAUGGGCAACAGUGAGACUUUGUCAUUUGACUUGAUGUUGUGUUUUGAUAAGAUCUGUGACAUGCUAAUUAAAUACACUAACCACAACACACCACCUAUCAC